AUGAUUCCCAAGCUCGCUAGCAGCCUCCCGCUGCUGACCGUCUUAUCGCACACCUCGCCCGAAGUUCACAGCGACCCCUGCCUCCAGACGUCCUACCUGGGUACCUAUGGCUCUCACAGUGUCUUUAUGCCGCGUAUGGACUGCUACACCAAGCGCGGGCUGACUUCCCUACUUGGCAAGUUCGACGCAUCGACUCCCUCGCCGAAUGACGGCGAUGCGCUCGUGUGGGUCGAGGAGGCGGCUAUCGACUACGACCUGCUGAGCGGACCAUGGCCUUCGGUAUUAGGCGUCACCGCAUACUUGGAACUUCUGGAUGUUCCGUCUGGCGAGAUCCAAUACAAGUCGGACUCUGCGCAGGAGGCACUCGCGCUCCCAGCCAGCUACAAGCUCCUCCACCAGACCGAGCGCACCGCGCUCCUUGCACUGCCCCAACAGCUUGCUUACCAACUUUCGGAUGUCCUUCCCCCAACGUGGAAGCUAUACGCCCUUCCCUCCGAACCGCUCGAGUUUGCGCCCUCGUCGCUUGCACCUGCAUCAGAAGAGUUGUUGGGCCCUGUUCGCGCGGCACUUAGCAACCUCAAGUUCAACCCGGACGUGGCGCGCUUAGUCGAGAGCAUUGAUGUGCAAAAGAUGCGCUCGGACGUCCGUUGGCUGUCGGGAGAGGACCCCGAGAGUCCUAUCGUCUCGCGCCACUCGUUCUCCGAGGGCUCUCGCCAAGCCGCCGACUGGCUGAAGGACGAGAUCGAGAGCACUGGCGCAACCUGCGAGUUGCGUCCCUUCCUGAUCGGCUUUGCUCCUAAUGUCAUUUGCCGUUACCCGUCCACCGUCAACACAACUGGCACAGUGCUCAUCAGCGGCCACUACGACAGUCGCGGCACCUUCGGGAGCCCUCGUGCUCCUGGUGCUGAUGACGACGGCUCCGGUACUACUGGCGUGCUCAACAUUGCACGCACAAUUGGCAAGACUGGCGUCACUUUCAGGUCGAAUGUCGAGAUCGUGGCAUUUGCCGGUGAGGAGCAAGGUCUCUAUGGCUCUCGUUACUACUCGAAGGAUCUCAAGGAGGAGAGCAAGAACCUCACGCUCAUGAUCCAAGCAGACAUGACUGCGUAUCAUGUCCCCGGAGAACCUAUGCAACUCGGUCUCCCAGAAACUAUUGGCACACCUGAGGUCACUCAGCUGGUGGCCAACAUCACAGGAUUGUACGCAUCCGAGCUCAAGAUUGGAUACUCUUCGGCUUGCUGCAGCGAUCACCAGUCGUUCUGGUCGCAAGGCUUCCCGGCCACGCAAGUCUUUGAACGUGCGGGUCCCAUCGCUGACCCCAUGUAUCACAACAGCGGUGAUCUGAGCGAGCGUGUCGGCUACGACAUCGAGCAAGCACGGUCGAUUGCUAAAGUCCAGUUCGCGACUAUCCUGCAUACUGCCGGCUUCGACCUCCCCUGA